AUGACAGCGCCCCGUACCAGGAACCCUGUACCGUCAUGGAUCGAAACCCCUUAUCCUCACCUCACUCACUGUAACGUCGAUUUCCCACGCCCUCAUGUCUUACUUGUCACCAUCAACCGCGCUCGGCAAAUGAAUUGCCUGCCAAUCACUGCGACUCUUGAGCUCGGUCACUUUUGGAAGUGGUACGAUGCCGAGCCUGGGCUCCGCUGCGCCGUCUUCACCGGUGCUGGUGACCAGGCCUUUUGCUCCGGUAUGGAUCUCAAGGAACGCGGCGACAUGGUGCGGACGGGCGAUAUCGCCUUUGAGUACCCGUCUGGCCAAUUCGCCGGCAUGAGCAAUCGCACGGGCAAGAAACCAAUCGUCGUCGCGUGCAACGGCCACGCUCAUGGUGGGGGCUUCGAGGCACUGCUGAACGCAGAUGUCAUCUUCGCGUCGGAGAACGCAACUUUCAGGCUGCCAGAGGUCUUGAGAGGAGUUUCGGCGUUGGCGGGGGCACUUCCAAGGGCCAUGCUAUUGUUCGGGAAUCAUCGGACAAUGGAUCUGAUCCUGACUGGAAGGCAAAUGAGUGUUGAAGAGGCUGAGCGGUGGGGGCUUGUCAAGGAGAUUGUACCGCAGGGCAAGUUGCUGAGUAGAGCUUUGACCUAUGCUGAAGAGCUUGCGAGUCUGAGUCCAGAUAGCGUUAUUAUUUCGCGCCUGGCGGCAAGAGAAGUUUGGGAAACGGGGGUCAGUAGGGCCACGAUGAGGGGACAGGAGUUGUGGGCGGACAAGAUGUUGAGAGGACCGAACGCUGACGAAGGGUUGAAUGCAUACAAGGAGAAGAGACAACCUAAAUGGGUGCCCUCGCACCUUUAA